AGAGAGAGAGAGAGAGAGAGAGAGCGCUAAGCAUAGAGAGACAGCUAACCGGCAGCUUGGCCUCGCCAUGAUCUUGACUGGCAUUGAGAGCGACCGAGUCAGUUGUCGGUCAGACGCGUAAGCAUGCGCACGCCGUUGAUAUAAACUGAAGAAGCAACCGUUACUCCGUGGGCGUGUCUCGCGCACAGAUGAAGUAAUUGCAGCUAACAACAACAUUGUUAAGCUGUCCGUUGGCAUUUCGAAUGUCUGUCUGUUUACUCGAAUAGAAAAUGUGCUAAAUGCUGCAGCGAAAUUGCAAACAACGCGACCAAAAUAUCAACGAAGAGUAAAAUAGUAAAAAAAAAAAAAAAAAAAAAAAAAGAAAAGAAAGCCAAGUUGCGCGCGCUACGCACUGCCAAAAGAAUUUGUGAAAAUCAAUAAUAUAUUUUACAAUACGAAAAAAAGCCACAUCAAUUGCUGAAAUUGUGUUUGCGUGCUAAUCGGUUUUUGUGCGAGGCAACAAAACCGACAACAAUCGCCGAUUGUUUGGCUGUAAUUGAGCUGCCCCUUGGCCCAGUUAGUGUGCCGCAGCUCAAUCGGGUCUAGAUAAAUAGUCCCGGACAGCGCCGACUGCUGUGGCUCCAGGUGUAAAUUGUUUGAAAUUGAAAAUGCAAGAGUCUGCACUUAGCAGCAGACACCGUAAUUGGCCAACGGGUGAGAGCCCGUGCACAUCCUCAACAACAAAAUCAACAUCAAAGCAUCGCAUUAGAAAUCACUCAAACAUGGCCAAUAAGUGCAGCAACUGGCUGCAUUGGCUCUUGCUGCUCUCCUCCGCGCUCCUCUGCCUCAGCGUCGCAAAGGCGAAUGAAAGCGGACUGUCCACGACACCUUUAACACCUGAUGUCACCACAGAGACAGCCACAACAACAGCAACAGGAACACCUCCAGAAUCUGCAGCUGCACCAACUGCAGCAGCAUCAACAUUCACACCAAGUGCCCUGACCACUGAGGAUUGGCGGCCCAUUGUGAAUGCCACUCGAGCGCCAACCACCAGAAAGCAUCCUAAUGGCAACGAUUCGCUGCUGCUGCGCAUUGCGCGCAGGUUUUCCAGCGGAAAUGAGCUCUGGGAUGGACUCAUACGCGAGUGCUACCUGAAGCCGGAUAUGUCCUGCUUCCAGAAGAACGUGUACAGCUAUUUGGAUAGCGCCCUGGACAUACAGGAUGUAAAUAUAACGCAGCGCCUGAAGUUCUACAGGAAUCAGGUGCAGUACAAUGCGGAGCAGGAGAAGGAGGAGGCCACCAACGAGGCGCGUUCCGCCAGUCCGGAAACCCCCAUCGAGGAAGUCUCCAAUGCGCUCUAUGGCAAAACAAUCAAAUUCGCAAUGACACACGAUAUGGAGCUAGAUCUGCCCGAGAUCGUGUUCAAUGGAGCCACAUUUCGCAUCUCGCCGCGCUCCAUCGAAGGCAACGGAAUCAUUGCCAAACUGGAGCUAAUACCCAAGCAGCUGGUCAAGGCCCGACUGGCUGGUGCCAUGAUCAAGAAGAAGAUCAACAAAUUUCUGCGCAACAAACUGCUGCUGUCGUUCAUUGCCUUGGUGCUGAUCAUCAAGAUCAUAAAGAUCAAGUUGUUCUGGCUGCUGCCCAUUGUGAUUGGCGUGGGGGCUGCCAAGAAGCUGCUGCUCAAGUUCCUGCUCUUCCUCUUCCCCGCGCUGUCGCAUCUCUUCAAGCUCUGCUCGUAUUAUCAACAGUCCUAUCAUGGCACCAAAUAUCAUCAUCAUCAUCAUCUGAUCAAUCAUCAUCAUACGGUGGUGCCGCCCUGGCACAGUGGUGAGCAUCAUAGUGUGCCAGAAAUCAUUUACACGCACCCGCCCAAGGGACAUCCCUCCGCGUAUCUGCACGGCGCGCCUGUCCACGAGAUCUACGGCCCCGGGCCAGGGCACGAGCACUUCGAAGGCGCCUGGGAGAACAGCGGACCCGGACUAGGCUCUGAAUACAUAAGCGCUAUGAAACGUGAUGCACAAGUGGGGGAUAAUGCGAAUUACUUUAAGCCGCACACGGCCAACGAUGCAAAUGAGCUGCAGUCCUGGGGUCUGGGCACCACGCAGCCAUACACAAAGCAGCCAUCGCCGCACCAGCAGCAGCAGCAGCAGCAGCAGCAGCAGCAACAACGUUGGCAGAACAACCAGCAACAGCAACAGCAACAAAUUAGUUUUCAACAAAAAGCACAAGCCUCUAGUCACAGUUUAAACAAAUUUCACAAUCUGGACAAACAAAGUUCAAGGCCGGCGUUUGCACAGCACAAUCCGGUUUAUGUCGCGGCGCCAGGCGCUGGAGCAGGAGUUGGACCUGGACCAGGACCGGGUCCAGGACACGGACACGGACAUGGACCGAGCCUCACAGCCGCCGCUCAAAUUGCCGCUCAAUACGAGCCAGCACGCAACAAUAACCAACCACAACAACAGCAACAACAACAACUUUCGCCCGAACUGGCUGCCCAGCUGAAGGAGGCCAUACGCAUUCAGGCUGAGAAGCGACUGAUACAGCAGCAGCARCAAAUUCUGGAGCAUCAGCCUUUCGUGCAGGAUGGACAGCCACUGUACCCGCUGAACUACGAUCCAUUCUACAGUCCCAUACUGCUAAAGAUCGACAAAAUCAUCGAGCAAAUGGGCAUCAAGAGCGACCUGUGCAAGGAGCGCGUCGUGUGCAGCAUGUACAAGGACCCGGCCACAUAUAGCCCGCACAGUAAUUUCAUAUCCGCGGAGCUCAGUCGAGAGACGAGCGAACUGGAGCCCGUGACGCAUGCGAAUGAGGCAGUGCGUCGCUUCUACCGACUCAUCCAAGCGGCGCGCGACGGCCAGGACCAAAAGGAUUGCCUCAGCCUCUAUCCACAGUGUAAUAUGCCAGCGAAGUGAUAAAUCAACUUUGCCUGCAGCUGCACCACUCGCACCACUUGCACCACUUGCAGCGGCAAUCAAUUAUUUUGAGUCAACAUUUCCUUGUUAAAUCGAACUGUGAAUAUGCGAAUUACUUAAACAAUUUAAGCAUAAAUUAAUUGU